AUGACUUGUAUGAAAAAUUGGGAGGAACUAGCUCAAUUACUGAAUAGUGAUGGUAGCGGUGAUACAAAAAUUACGGAGAAAUGGAAGAAAGUUUGGAGUGAUUACAAAAAUAAUACAAAGAAAAAGGCUGCUCGUCUGAAUAAAGCAGCUAGAGGUACUGGUGGUGGGCCUGCUAUACAUAUCAAAUUGACGGAUUUGGAACAAAGAGUACUAAAUUUGAUUGGUGUAGAAGUAGCUACGGGUUUGGCAGUUGAAGAGGCUGGGUUGUCACAGGGGAAUUAUAUUCAGGGUAAUCCCAUAGUGAAUAUUGAACAAGGCAUACCGACUCCAAAACCACAUCACUUAGUGGAAUGUUCUCAAUCUUGCAAUGACCCAGGACCAUCAAGACGUCCCCAUGUUGCCCCAGCAAAUAUUGUGGCAUCUCCGCUUGUUCCAUUUGUGGAGAUACAAGCAUGCUCUCUCCAACUAUGCCGUCAUCUCAAGUCCAAGAAAUUCAGCCAGGGCCUGCUUUGUCCGAGCAAUCAACACCUCGCCAUUCUAGACAUAUUCGAACUCGGGGAUCACCUAGAAGACGAGUGA